AUGCUGGAUGAAUGUGUUAGUUGUCGGAUACAGUAUGUGGAUGAUUCGGAUCCAUUUGCGACAACUUCCAGUUCACAUCUGGAGCCCAGUCGACCGGUGAUGUAUUCGUUUUAUUUGCAUCGUCCGAUCGGCGAACAGGUUCCAGAUAUUAUUCGAACCUUACGAGCACCACAAAAGCCGGGAGAUGCAGCUCUACAGGUCUACAAGUAUGAUGGAAAUGUUGGUGAUUUUGGGUCUUAUUUAGACUCGGAAAUGACUCUUAUUGAACAGGAAGAAGAACUUGAAAUUUUAAAAGCUGAUCCGUAA